GGACCUCGAAGUUGCAGAUCCUCCCCGCCACCGUGUUUGGAUUAAAUCUCGCACCAAGAGUAGAAAACUUGUCACUGAUUACGACAAGGAAAUUGCCGAGAAGAUAGCUCAAUUAGAGGAGAAGCUUAGUCAGGGACAAAUUCAGGUCCAGGGCCAAAACGAUAUCCUCACGCAGGCGCUCGGGACACCAGAGCAUCCUGGACGUGUCAGGGCUGCUGGGUUCCUGACCAGGGCAUCUCAACUGUUCGGCAGGAAGAAAAGGGAAGUGUCUGAUGUUGUGGCUCGGCAAGCGAAGGAGAUUGAACAAUUAAAAGCCGAAGUCCAAUCCCUUAAGCAGCAGAGGAACGCUGCCGAACAAGAGGAAGAAGGAGAGGUGGCUGGUGAGGCGUAUGUUCCACAACCAUACGCUCCUCAGGAUGAGGUACAACCACAAAUUUAUGCUGAGGAGUUCAUUUCCCUCAACGACCAAGGUAUCCUAUACAAUUUUGAUGACCAUGCGGCCCUUAAUCAGCAAGUACAUCUCUGCUCUGACAACAUCGACAAUAUUGUGGCCCGAGGGUAUUUGUACGAGCAUGUGGGUAAGAUCAAAGUUCACUGCCAGGAUUACGAUGAUUCACAUGCUCGGAUCAUGGUUUCGGAAAUCCUGCAAGAGGACGCUGAAAUCCCAGUCCCAAUUGAAGAGUUCAGAUAUGUUAGGGACGUGUACCAGAUGUUCCUUCCUUGGCCUAAACACUUAAUUUUAACAACCGAGGGUCCACUCGCUCAACCGCCCUCAAGACGUGAUGCGUCAAAGGGGAAAGCUCCGAUGCUUUCUCCACAAAGCCGUGGUGCACGGGAAGAUGAGUUGUUCACGGAAGAGAAGAUGGCGUUGAUCCCUAAUUCGCUAAAAUGGAUUAUUCAUGAAUUCCUAAGGCUCAAAGAUAAACGUGAUAUAAUCACAAUUUCUGUCCCCCGAGGAUUCAUUGCACCGCGUACCCAGAUCAUUUUAUCUGGAGAGGAUUUGCAGCAGGUUGCUACGUGUAACUACAUCGGCAACCAGGGAAUGCUGUUUGGAAUGAUGCACAUAUGGGAGAGCAUCAACGGUCUGAGAAAAAUUUUCAAGUUUUACGACCCAGAGCUUCUCACAGUGCAUGGGAUCAGCGAUGAAGAACAGAGUCAGUCUUUUGACGAUGCGGCAAGACGAUUGGCUAAUUGGUUAUCAUUAAUGAACAGCAACCACCAAAUGUUCUUUAUUCCUUGGAAUAUCGGGAUGCAUUGGACGCUAGUGGUGGUUGCACCAAGGAAAAUUAUCCAUUUAAACCCUGUAAAAGGCCGCCCAAUUCCCGAAGAAAUAGAACAAAUGAUCGGAAGGGCAUUCAUGUAUAUAGGGGACGCACAUCAGUAUCUUGGCCCGUGGCAAGGAAUUUCACAAGCAAACUGUCCAAGACAACCUAAAAGCCAAGAAUGCGGUUUUUAUGUUUUGAAAUAUAUCACUGACAUCGUCGCACGUGCCAACCCCAACCGUUACAUAGAAGAUCAAAAAGCUUUUGGGGGUAAGAAGCAAUACGAUCCAAAAACAGAAUUGUUACCACUACAGCGAAAGUGGAUCGAACAAUUGAUGGCGGUGAUUCACGGUGACGAUUGAGGUUCAAAGGUCGAAGAAUUUUUCUUCAUUAUGUAAUUUUUAUAGAUUAACUUGUAAUUAGAUUUAUUAACUUAUUAAUAUUUUUAACUAAUUUUACAUGUUUGUGUAAUAUUUAAUUAUUUUUAUGAAAUCAAAUUAUAUUUUUACCCAAAUUUAAUUACUAUUUAAUUUAAAAUGUAAUUAAUAUAUAAUUAAAUUAAAUAAAUAUGUAAUUUAAAAUUUAAAUAAAUAUGUAAUUUAAAUUAAAUAUAAUAAUAUAUAAAUUAAUAAAUAUAAAAUUAAAAUUAUAUAAUUAAAUUAAAAAAAAUGAAAAAAACUGAAAUCUGCUCACUUUUGGCGUCGGUUCCUACAACCCCUAUGGCGUCGGUUAUUGGCUAGGAACCGACGCCAUAUAUACCCCUAUGGCGUCGGUUCCUAGCUAAUAACCGACGCCAUAGGGGUAUAUAUGGCGUCGGUUCAUAUAAACCCUUUAGCGUCGCCCUGAUAGGCGUCGGUAGCGAAUUUCGCGAAAACCGACGCCUAAAGGGCUUAAAA